AUGGGCAACAGCAGCUGUCAGUCAUGCGCAGUGGCAGACUGCGACAAAAGCCCAGCAAAGCCGUGCGCAGCACCAGUGCUCCAAAGCAAGCCUCUGGGGAGCCAGGUCUCCUCGCCGAGCUUAACCUGGGAGUUUAGCCCGCUUGGCCUUGACACGGCCACGUUGCAGCACUUCGCGGUUCAGCUGUUGUCCCCAAGCUUCAACGAGAGUGGCGGACGAAAGGGGGAGGUGCUGAGGAACUUUGUCAAGAGCAUAUCAGCUGCUUACCGACAAGCUGGGUUCCACAACUUUAUGCAUGCCGUCGACACGCUGCAAGCGAUGAGAUGGCAAUGCAGCCAACCGCCUUGGGACAAAAACCUGCAACAUUACCAGCAUUUUGCACUUCUCAUUGCCGCUGUUGCUGUUGAUGUUGGCCACCCUGGCUUCGACAACGCCUUCCUCGUUGAUUCGGGUGAUCCCAUUGCCUCAUGCUACAAUGACAUGUCUCCGUUGGAGAACAUGCACAGUAGCAAGCUUUUCGAGAUUCUGAAGAAGGAUGGACACAAUGUUCUCGGCCACAUCCCCAGUGAGGAAUUCCGCGAGAUGCGAAGGCUCACGAUAGACCUCAUUCUCCACACAGACAAGUACUGUCACAGAGAUGUAGUUGAAGACAUUCGCAUCCUGGCACGACAAGGCUACGCGCCAAAGAGUGCAGAUCCUUCAUCCGAAGAAGGUGCCGCCAUCCUGCAGGUAGUCAUGCGGGCCAUGCUGUUGACUGCAGACCUCUCCAACCAGUGCAGGUCGCUCGACACAGCCAACGCCUGGGCUGCAAUGUUGCAACAAGAGCUAGGCCUUCAAGACGAGCAAGAAAGGGAGCUGGGCCUGCAGGUUUUGCCACUUAAUCGCUGGAAGCCUGCGUUAGCCGACCUUCAGCUCCAUCUGGGUAUGACUCGCACUGGGCCCCUUCUCGGAGCUUGGGUUCGGGUUUUUCCUGCGCUGGCACCAGCCACGAUGCAGCUCUCGAAAAAUGGGACCAGUUGGGCAGAAGCAUGUAUGACUCAAAACGAGGUCGAAGGUGCAUCUGCAUCAGAUGAACGAGCCAAAAAGAUAGAGGCCAUGCUCGACCCAGCGCGCCCGGCUCCUACACUUGGCGAGGCCACGAAAGGACAUGAUCGUUUCGGGUACUUGGCUGCGGCGAGGCCAUACAUCGGCAGGCAGCAGGUGCCGGCAUCGACUUUGAGCAGCCUGAACACCGCCAGUCUCGGCAGCGGCAGUGCUACUACGUCACAGCCCGAAACUGCAGCCUCGCCGACUAACCAGCAGCCUCCACCACUGGUUCGCGAGGUCCGUCGCUGGAAGGAGGGCAAAGGCCUGCAGACAAACAAGGAGUUCCCAUCGUCAAGCAAAGGAAGAGAACUGGUGUUGCUGUACGUGCUGUCUGACCCAAGCAGCAACGGAAAGCCGCUUCCUUUCCAGUUCGUCGACCGGAACAGUGCAUCCUUGUCAGAGUCUGCUGCCGCAGAUGUGGCCGUAGCGAAAGGUGUGCGAGCUGCAUCAGAUGACGUGCAGUAUGAUCGCAAGCGUCGAAUGAGCUGCUUUGAUGGAUCACCUGGAGGACGCAGCGACAGUGACUAA